CGCGCGCUCUUCAGCUAUCCCGUCAUCAAGCCGUGCACGCUAGGAAUCGUGAACGCGCUCCGGAGUAGCUCAGUUGCGCGCACAUGCGUUCCUUCAGCUAGCUGUUUUAGGAGUGUGAUAAACUCGCACAUAUCACAAAAUGGCGGAUUCCGAUUCGUGGGACGCGGACAACUUCGAGCCGAAUGAACCGAUAAAAAAGGCGGCGGGACUGCAGGACCGGUGGGAGGGAGAAGACGAGGAAGACGACGUCAAGGAUAACUGGGAUGAUGAAGAAGAGGAAGAAAAGAAGGUGGAGGAGACAAAAACAGAGGUCAAAGUUCCAGUGAAGAAAAAACUGGGCACUAAAAUCAAAGAGAAAGAAAAUGAAAAGGAGAAAAAACAAGAGGAGCUGAGGAAAAGGUUACAAGAGACUGAGACCGAGGCUGAGUCCCAGCUCACACCUGAAGAGCUGGCAGCCGAGAAACUGCGUGUGCAGAAGCUGCAGGAGGAGUCGGACAUGGCGCUCGCAUGUGAAGCGUUCGGUGUUGACACGACUACCACAAAUAGUGCCUCGGGAAUUGAAGCCAUGUGUCCAUCGACUAAGGAAGAUUUUGUAGUUUUUGAGAGAUCACUGAGAGAUAAGAUUACACAGUUUGAAAAAUCUGUGCAUUAUUCAAGCUUUUUGGAGUCGCUGUUUCGGGAGCUCUGUAUUUCACUGGAAUUAGACGAUUUAAAGAAAAUCAACAAUUCCCUGUCAGUUCUUCUCACUGAAAAGCAAAAGCAGGAAAAGGAAAAAGCCAAAGGUACUAAGAAGAAAAAGAAAACCGUCCUUGCCGGCGGCGGUUUAAAGGCCAAAAUGAAAGACGAUUUUGGCGAUUACGGCGAAUUUGACGGAAACUACAACGAUUACGAGGACUUCAUGUGACGAAGGCUGAAUCGCACUCCCUGUCCACCCAACCACGCCUACCCCCCCCUCAAGACAUGCAGCAUCCCCCCCACCCUCGUCUCUCAUUUUCUCUCAUCAGUGCCAUCCUGGAGUAAACUGAACACUGUGUCAAACCUUUGACUUUUUUUUUUGCUUCGGUGGUCAAAAACAACUCUUAGUGAAGCUGCUAUCACCAAAAUUGCCAUUUGGUGACAAAAGGAAGAUCUAUCAAAUUGCCUUGUAUUUACAACUCUGCCUCUGAUAAAGACUUUAGGAUGUGAGACAUCUUUGCACAAAGUGUCUUCUCCAAUUGGCCAACAUAAGAAACUAAUAAUCAUAAUGCCUUAUACGAAAUAUGACAGAAAACAUGUUUAUUUUGGUUGAAAUACUGAAAUAGCUGAUGCUGUUAACCUCUGUGCAAUUUUAUUUACAUAGAAACAAGUGAUAUUCUAUGCAAAGUAAUUGUAUACAGAAUGUCUAGGUUUAAAGAAAAACAUGGAUAUUUUCUUCUUGUGGCUAUUUCCACAGCAUUAUAUCGAUAGGUCUGAUUGCCAGUUGUCAGCAACAUCAGAUGCACAUAACUCAACAACUAUUUUUUUUUCCUUGACAUGUCAGUGCAUUUACAGCAGACACUACAUAAGGAACACUGUUGGUAGGUACACUUUCUUUUCCUUAAAAUGAUGAUGGAAAAGCAGAAAAACGUAAGUACAAUUUCAAAGCAGCAUUUUUUUUGCUAUUGAAUUGUUCCGAAAACUAUUCAUUUUUUUUCUCUUUCUUUCCAUUCAAAUGUUUACUUUGCUCUAAUGCUGGUAGAGUUCAAUUUCUAGUGCAGGACUGUGGGACUUCUGUUGUAGCUUCUGCAGGCUUGAAUCAGGGAGGAGGAAGAUGGAACAGAUAAACAUGUUUGCUCUCAAUCAAUAUUUGAGGUUUUCCUUUUGUUUUGGUGUUUUUUACCCCGCUAACCAUUUGGGGGGAAAAAAAAAUGCUUCACAAAUAAUGUUUUAAAAAAAGUGGUCAAUGACAAGACUCCACAGUGUUUUUUUUUAAGGAUGUAAUUUAAUAAAAAUGAUUGGUCGAAA